UGCAGUGCAGCCUCAACCUAUCAAAUAUGGCCGACGUUGAUGUAGAUGUUCCCUCCGCUGCUCCCGUUCUCGGUGGCGCCAUGGAUAUAAACACCGCGCUGCAGGAAGUGCUGAAGAAGUCACUGAUCGCCGAUGGACUCGUCCAUGGCAUUCACCAGGCCUGCAAGGCGUUGGACAAGCGUCAAGCUGUUCUCUGCAUUUUGGCCGAAUCCUUCGAUGAGCCCAACUACAAGAAGUUGGUCACUGCCCUGUGCAACGAGCAUCAGAUUCCUCUGAUCCGCGUGGACUCGCACAAGAAAUUGGGCGAAUGGUCUGGUCUGUGCAAGAUCGACAAGGAGGGCAAGCCCCGCAAGGUGUGCGGCUGCUCUGUGGUCGUCAUCAAGGACUUCGGUGAGGAAACGCCCGCAUUGGAUGUGGUUAAGGACCAUCUCAGACAGAACAGCUAAACGACACGUCGUUUUCCCGGUUCCCUGUCUGCUGAAUGAGAGACUACGUGGCAAGAUUUUUUAUUGCUAAAUAAAUAACUACAUAAGAAAUCCACACAAAA